ACCAAACAAGAAAAGAGUUUUCGGAGGGAAAAAGUCACCGUAUAAUCCAAUUCUUCUACGAUGUCUUCAUUCAGUGAAUAACCACUCACCAAUCCUUGCGUUUUUGUCUCUGGCUUCUACUCACCACUCAAUCCGGGUCAACAUCAACCGAGGUCAAGCAUCACACCGUCCCGGCAUCGGUCACUGCUUGAGUCACGGGUGUAAACACAUUUAUUGUAUAUUUGCUGGAGAGUCAUCUUUUGCUACAUAGCCUCAUCAUUCUUGGGUUCGGAUAAACAGUAGGAGGAAGAAAAAGGAAGAAAAGGAAAACAAAGAGGGGGGAAAGUGUAUACAAUACAUGUACAACACAUGGUGCCAUACAUUCACAUGAUUCCUCGCCAACAAUAGCAUCAUAAUGAGUUCUCCAGGCAAAAGCAGUCAUCAUAUCCACAACGGGAUCGGUCCGCUGCAGCGGCGGCAGCAGCAGCAGCAGCAGCAGCAGCAUGGGAUCAAUGCUGCUCCAGAUGAGCAGACGCCCCUGAUUGGAGCCAGCGCAUCAGUGCAUACUGAGAGGCGGCAACAAGAACAGGCCCAUGACGAUGAGCGGGCCGAGCCCGACGACAUUAUCGACCCGGACGACUUCGACCUGCUCCUGACCAAAUCGACAUCCUACACGCCAGGCCCUCUCCUGGGACCCGAGUCGAGCGAAACGCCGCUGCUGAGGGGUGAGCGCAAAUACAGCACAAGCCAUGGCUCGCACAAGGUGUUGUUUAGCCGACGCACGUCUGUGUGCAGCGGGGACGGGGAAGAGGAGGCUGUGGAUGAUGACGAUGAUAGUGAUGAGGAGGCUGCUCUGAGCCCCUUUCACGGAGGCAUG